AUUUUUUUUUUUUUUGAAAUCUUAAUAAAUUGUGACAUGUUAUCAAUAUUUUUGCAACAAAAAUUUUCAAUAAAAAUCAUAAUAUUCAUCAUAACAAUUAUUGUAUUCGAAUUUAUCAUCAAUUCAAAUCAGACAUUUGUACCAAAAGGUCGAAAAUGUCGUCUACAAGAGAUGCAUUGUGAUAUUAUGCAUCCAGAGAAACAAUGUUGUCCUGGUACCAGUUGUGGUGUAAAAAGAAUCAAUAAUAAUCUUGUCAAUAUAUGUAUGAUGUGUCUGGAUAUUGGUGAAUCUUGUGGUGGAAAUGAUUCAAAAACAUCCUGUUGUCGUGGUUUACGUUGCCAAAAAAUUACUGCAUUAUCAAAUGCUUGUAUUCCGGUUGCCGAUUUUAAAUUCUAUCCAGAUUAUGAGACAGAUAUUAAUGUUGAUGAUGAUCAACAACGUAAUAAUAAUUCACCACAACAAAUUUCUCUUGCAUCAUUAUUAAUGUUAAGAGGAUGAUGAUGAAUGGUAAUAAAUUGAUAUUGGAAUCAUAAUA